AUGGCGGAACUUACCCGCGAGCAAGCUCGACAAAUUGUGGAUGAGAUUGGCCAAAGGAAUGGUAUCAUCACUGACGAAGAUCGAGCCGCAACGCCCCCUGCUGUUAUAAAAGCGCUACAGAGUGUUCGAAAUCAACUUGGAAGGCUUCGGCACCCUUGGACGCCAUGCGACACACCGGAUGUUAGAAGGCAUGUUGUGUUCCAAUUGAUCUCCAGCGCCCGCUCGUUGCACUACAAUUGGGCAAAGAAGCAAGGAAAAGAACCCUAUUUCUCCUUGGAUGUAUCUGCAGACCGUAUGGUUAUCGACACCAAUGAUGAUGGGUGCUUGAAAAGUGACAUCCUGCAACUUUCCGAGGGCUGUUCUGCUUUCCUUCCCAAUGCCCGAACCAACAACCUGUAUGAUACGGUUCUUCUAUAUACUUCUAGAAUUGCGAGGGAAAUCCAUGUACAGUCAGGUCCGUUUUCCUUCGUCCUUGGGCCUCGAAGUCCCGGUGACAGGCUUGGGUUUACAACCCCGGUAAACAAAGACCCGGCAUCCUUGCCUGAAAAAGUGCGCACCAGGAUAAUUUUGUACCCUGCUCUGCCGGGGGGGUUUAAUAAAUUGGUGCAUGAGUUUAAGGAUAUUGCAAACGGCGGUUUCGUGCUGCUCAAUCCUGAUGACACUUGCCGACCUAUGUGCAAGAAAUUUGUUUUAGUUGCCCGUCUGGACAGCUUCCAGACAACAAGCCUAACAUACGAAGUCCAAGUGCGAGACGGUAUCCUGGAGGUCACCAAAACAUAUCCGGGUCUAUUUACAUCCUCUUUACAAUCAUCUACGGAGCGUUUCCUUCUAUACAGGCCAGUCAUUCCGUCGACGUCGUUUGAGCAGAUGGCACUAUUGUUUCCUAUCGAUCAAGCCUCAAGGCCCAUUAUACGAUCUCGGAAGGCCUACCAUAUUGUUGGUUCGUUCGCUUUCCCUAUUAGGAAAGUGGGAUUGAGUUUCAUUGUUUGCGCGACUGUGUCGAAAUUCGAGCCGGUGAGCGAUGCCGACAUCGAGACUUCUACCUUAUUACAAGAUUGUGUCCUUAAUUCCUUCUGUGCUGCCGUUUCCGUUUGUCAAAAUCACUCCAUGCGUUUCCGAUGGGUCCAGUACAUUCCCAAACCGAGCACUGUCUCACCAGCCUGGCGUGAAACAGUGGAAAAGGUAAUUGAAAACCUCCGAGGGGCCGCUGUUUGUCAGAGUCACAAGGGUGUUCGAAAACGCUUGUCUUCACUUCGGUACUUGUCACCGGAGCAUUAUGGAGUAGAUAACGAGCCCUUGUUCGGAGCUUCGGGUGACGAACAUUACCUUUCUACCAAAUACAGUGCCUACCUUGAUCUUUUGAAGCCUCUAGGUCUCCAAGAAGUCUCGGACCACGAAGUCCUGGAAAGGCUCAAACCGAUCCUGACAAAGCCUUUGCGAGUGCUGCUAAGUUCCGAUUCACAAAAGGAACGGAUAUCGCGUAUCCUACGACUGCUAAUAGUGUGGCUCAAGAGGGAUCCCAAUAACGCUUUGGCAACUGAGAUCAGGAAUUUCCCAGUUAUUGAGUUGAGCAACGGAUCUUUCAUUCGAGGAAACGACCUAAAUUCGAUAAAUUUGGCUUCUGCAAAGGGUGCUGUCUACUUUUCGACAGACACCAACGGCAAUGACAUUCCGAAAUGUCUUGAUAUUUUGACUGUUUCAGAGGAAGCAGUUAGGGACAACGACCAAAAAGAACUCUUCCGUCUCCUUGGGGUUCGACGCGCAUCUCCUGAACUGGUCAUGCAGCUGAUCAGCCACCACAACCAUGCCAUCUCCCUUGGGCUGACGACCGCUCGGGAUCCUAUAGCCGAGGCUAUGUACAUUCUAUGCUACGUCUACCACAGCUGCGCCAAAGACGAUCGCCUGGAGCCGCCUUGCCUGAUGCUUUUUGAUGAGCACUGUAUGAGGAGACCGGUAUGCAGGACCUCUUGCCCUAGAUACUUCCCCUUCGAUGUAUAUCUCCGAACAGAUGGUGCCUACGGCACGGAAGCUAUUGCAGAAAGACUGGACUCGGGCUCUCUAAUCGGCCCUCGCCUUCUUGUGUCGCACCCUGCCUUUCUUGAUCCAAAUCACAUAAGCAAAACGCACAUUGCCAAUGAUACGUGGAGAAUAUGGCUGGAACAGCAAGGGAUAAUACGGCGAGUUCCCCGGUUAACACAGACGAACAACCGUAAAGAGUUCUCUGAUCUAUUCAAUGCAAUAAUAUCCCACCAUCCAGACCUUCUUAUAGGUAUCUUGGGAAGGUACUGGGACACAUACGAAACAGAGGUAAAAGAAGAACCGCUCAUUGCAUCCGCUAUCAGGGGAGCGAAAGUCCCAACGUUAAACGGACUGGCGAGGCUGGAUGAAUGCUACUUUCCUAUCCCAGAGAUUUGUAGCUUGGUUGAGGCCAUGUCCACCACAUUGAACAUCAACUUUCUCAAACUACCGGAGCCCUGGGGCCCGGAGAGUGAGCAGGAAUGGGGAUUUCUCCGAGAGCUCGGUGUGUCCGGUGGUGGAGCGGCGGCUUUUAUUAAGGUCAUUAAGGAUCGCUUGUUAUCCACCAUGACACUGGAGGACGCCAAACCGCAUUUUUUCGAAUUAUACAGAUGGAUAUCUGAGAGAUCAUUCGACGACUUGUGGGAAUUUUUCGACGAUGAGAAGACCGUCUAUAUUCCGGAUAGCGGUGACGGUGCGAAGUUAGUGCGUCUCGACCAAUGCGUUUGGCAUGGCCCCUCGUGGUUGCGGACUGCGUACGCUCUUGCGUUGCAUGAGGAAUAUGCGAGCGACUGGAAAAUACGGCGCCUAUUUUCAGACACACUUACUGUGCAGGAUGCGGACUGGGGAACCUAUAUGACAGAAUUGAUGCACUUACAGGACGUUGGAGUAGGCUUGAUAGAAGAGACGCGAAGGGUAUACCAGGCUAUCACAGAGGAUAUACGAAAUGAGGAGAAUUCUUUGGACAGUCUGCGGAGUCAGUUCAAGCGAUACAAGAUGAUAUAUGUACCCGGCUCAAAGCAGUGGUAUGCACCUCAACAAUGCAUCUGGGCAUCAUUUUCAAUCGGGGGUAAAAUGGGCAUAAGAAAUGUCUAUCCAGCUAUGGAGAGCUUUUUUGUCGAGGAGCUCCAGGUCCAGCGACCUUCCAUACGUUGUUAUAUCAGCCGGAUUCAGCAUCUUUGCAAAGAUAAAGGAAAUGUCAUUGAGGUUAUUGAGGCUCUGUGCCAUAUCAACAACCUCGGACCAACCGAGUCUGACUUGGAUUGUCUCAAGCUUAUCAAUUUCCUGCCCAUCGAGAGCCCCGAGGAAGAGUUUUAUUGGGGAUCUGUCGCAUCCGAUUUCUUCAUCAUUGAUAGGGACGGUUGGCCCAUGCUAUUCUAUGGAGAGGUGCCGACGGUGCAGUUUCGCCUGGAAGAAGUCCGUGAAUUAGCUCCACUCCUAAAAUCUCUGGGGCUAGAAAACCGCUUCAUCUCCGUUUGCGCAGUGAGGAAAACCAGCGUCUCAGAGAUACCUUUGCAAACCUCACCGCAACUUACGACUGACUUCCGUCAAAGAUCAUUGGGUUUGUCUAGAUGCAUCUCUCACUACCGCGGCGCAAGUGUACGUGUUGCUCGCGAAAUAUACGACCUUUUUCGGAAGGCCUUAGUAUUUGAAACUGAGCAUAUCGUCGGAGAAUGUACCUUGACUUCGCUGUCUGGCUCCAGCACAAGCAAGGAAACAUACAGCAGACUACACAUGGAAUAUCUCAACGGCAAAUUGAGCAUCUUCGUUCCUCGUGAAGCAAAUGAAAGACUGAUAUGCUACGCGACGCAACUGCCGGAGUCAUUGAUGACCUCGCUGGAGAUCAAACAUCCCGCUGCCUAUGGGAUAUUCGCCACAGUUCUUCAGGUACCAGUGGAGAUCGUGGACGGUAUAUUAGAGACUCAUGGUAUUCCCGAACUAUCCGAUCUGGACCCUGUCAGCCCGGUGAUUAUCGAGGAUUCGGAAUCUGUCUACGAGGAUGCGCUAGAGGACGUUUUCGUACCGAAGGCUUCGAUUGCUUGGGGUGGCAAGGAUCAAUUGCUAGGAUCUGGACAGUCGGAACUUCAGCUGGUUCUACGAUCAAAGGACACGGCCAUCACGAAGUAUCGCAAACUUUCUCACAAACACGAAACGACGGUCAAGGAACAUGCGAACGGACGAAAGACGUAG